AUGAUGUAUGCCACCCAAAACUCAAACUGGCAGGUCCUGGUGGCCAACAGAAAGACCCUGGUUUCGUGUAUCCUGGGUCUUUUCUUCAUCGCCCUGGUGGCCGAUCUCCGUGCCGAUGGAGCGAGCCACAGCCAGAACACUCUGUUCAAGCGCGAUACCACCGCUGAUGCAGCCAUUUGGCAGCCAGCCGCCGGUGUCAAAUGGCAAAUCCAGUUGAUCGAUGCCGUUGAAGAUACCACCGUCGACGCCGAUAUCUGGGACAUCGACAUGUUCGACAACACCGCCGAAACGAUCUCCACCCUCAAGGGCAAAGGACACAAGGUCAUCUGCUACUUCUCCGCCGGAACUUCCGAAGACUGGCGCCCAGAUUUCAGCAAGUUUGACUCUGCCGACUUCGGCAGCAACCUCGACGAGUGGCCCGGCGAGCGCUGGCUCAACAUCAAAUCCAGCGGCGUGCGAUCGAUCAUGAGUUCCCGUUUGGACUUGGCAAAGGAGAAGGGCUGUGACGGUGUUGACCCGGAUAACAUUGAUGCGUAUGGCAAUGAGAACGGACUCGGUCUCACCGAGGCUGACUCGAUUGACUUCCUCACUUUCUUGGCCUCCGAGUCUCACUCGAGAGGAAUGUCUAUUGGACUCAAGAAUGGUGGCGAUAUCAUUGGCUCUGUUAUUGACAAGAUGCAAUGGUCUGUCAACGAACAGUGUGCUGAGUACAAUGAGUGCGAUGUCUAUGCUGCUUUCACGGAGGUCAACAAGCCUGUCUUCCACAUUGAAUACUCCGAUGAGACUAUCGAGUCUAGCAGCUCCGGCAGUACUGCUUCUUCCACCGAUUCCGACACAGAUAGCGAUGCCACUACCACCAGCACUGCCAAGGCCACUGCUACCUCUGCUUUGACAGCGGAUGACGAUGAUGAUGCCACCAACGAGGGUAGCGUCAAGGCUAUUGAAUCCGCUACUGGCACCACUACUGUCGCUGCGUCUGCCACUGCUUCUGCCACUAUUUCUGUUACCACCACAUCCACUGCUGCUGCCACUGACGCAUCUGACGCAACCAAUGACGAAGACAACAAAGACAACGAAGAUGAUGAGGACGAGGAAGACGAGGAGGAUGAAGAAGAUGAGGAGGAUGAAGAAGAUGAAGAAGACGAAGAGGAUGAGGUUGAGGUUGACGACGAAGAAGCUACCGACCCCAAGCCCAAGCACAAUUACGGACACGGACACCACAAGCUUCGUGCCAGAGCUGUUCUUUCGGCUUCGCUCAAGACCUCGGCUUGCAAUGCGGCCAGCGCUGACAAGUUCUCUACUGUCAUCAAGAACAUGAACCUCGAUGCCUGGGUCGAGUACUGCUAG